ACAGUGGAUUACUCGCUGUUAAUGACCAUUGACUUGUUUCGGCCGUGAACGCGCAGCUCCCUGAGCGCCUGCAUGGGUCUCUUUCCCCUGCGCUGAGUGGUUGAUGGUUGUCGCUCCCUGGGCUCCUGCUCGGUUCCUGCUCGGCUUGUGUUCGGUGCCUGAACGCCUCCGGUUCCGAGGGGAAACGCACGACAGACGGCUCCCUCCGUGUUUGCGUUUUUGCGCACCGCCGCUGCUCGUCCGCUCCGCUCCGCGGCGCGUCUUUUUUGCCCCCGUCGGCGCUAUAUAUUCCCAUCACGCGAUCAUCACUGCGGAAUGGAUUGUUCCGUUUUGAUGCCACGGUUUUUGGUGAGAUGUUGAACCGGAGGCUCGCAGCCUGCUGCCCUCUCCAUCAGCUCUCCCCUCCGUGCGCGCAUCUCACUCCCGCGUAGGCUCGCUUGUCUGCAGACCGGCUUCAAGAAAAAAGUAUGCAGUAAAAGCAAGUGUCAAGUCGCUUUUGGGCUGUUCCACUGGAGGGAAGGAAAAGUUGAAGUUCCAGAAAAAGGAGGACGAUGCAGUGAGAGCCCACACAUUGCUGUGAACAGGCUCGUCUUGGGAAGAGCUUCUUGGUUCCAUUUCAGCCUGGAGGAAAUGGAGUCACCACCGCAUGUGCUUGGGACUGAUGGCAAGAACAACAUUUCUUUUUAAAAGAUAUCUUGAAAGCCAGAAAUGAUGUGCAACGGAUUAAUCCCACUGAGAACCUGAGGACACGGCACAUCUCAAGGACUCCAUCACUCGUACUCAGCAGACAGAUAGCAGCAUGCUGCCGUGACUGAAGUGGAGACUGACAUUUUGGAGGCCCUUUAGGAGACCUCUCCAUCUCCCCUGACUGCCUUCUCCUUUUUUCCUCGACGUCCGUCUCUGCCUCCUCUCCGCCGUGCGUCCCCACCCCUUCGCCUAACCCCAGCAUGGAUCUGAAAGACCAUAGGCACCGCUCUCUGACGAGAGGUCGGUGCUCCAAAGAGGCCCAGUACACCACCUCGUCCCUGGACGGAGACGAGUGCCGCGUGCCUACCCAGAAGUCUUACAGCUCCAGCGAGACGCUCAAGGCCUUCGACCAUGAGCAGAGGCUUCACUAUGGAGGCUGUGUGACCGACCUGGUGCACCAUGAGGCUGAUGAGUACGCCAGGCAAGGCCUCCUGGAGUUUUCUCCUGUUCUCCUGCGAUACCUCAUCUCAGUGGGAGGAAAAGACGUCAAAGCAAGGAAGACAUGGAAUGGGGGUAACUUCACCCUGGCUGAGCUGGGAGUAUGUGAAACAACUCCCCCUCCGCAUCCAGCUGCUGUUCCCUAUUGUCCCGACCUAGGCCUCCUCCAGAGGGGGUACUCCCUCAGCGCCGGCUCAGAUGCCGACUCAGACCCAGAGGGGCCAUUAUCUCCAGAGCAAGCCAUCCAGCUGUGGGCCGGCAGAGGAGGGGUAAAAUCCCGCCGCAGCUCAGGAGUGUCCAGUCGUGAGAACUCAGCCCUCACCCUCACCGACUCUGACAAUGACACCAAGUCUGACGAUGAGUCAGUUUACCUAGACGACGAAGGGGGCGAGGAUCCGUUUGGAGACUAUGUGAUCAGUCGCCCACUCCCUCCAACCUCUUCCUCCACCUUGCUCCCUCCGUCCCUCCCGUCCUCCUCCUCCGCCCCCCACCACCACCCUUCUCCCGGUCCAUCCCCCCCCAUCAGGGAGUGUCAGGUGCCCCUGCUGGAGAAAAACUCCACCCACUCUCACCUGGAGCCCCACCCAGAGGACUCAUACUUGCUCCGAGCCCAGCCCUCCUCCACGGGGGGUGCCAACCACCACAGUCAGUCGACGUUACGGCCUCCGCUGCCCCCUCCCCACAACCACCAGUCCCUGUCCCACCAGUCUGCCAACAGCCUGAACAGAAACACCCUGAGAGGGGGCCGCAACCCCAUCCACGCCCCGCCUCCCGGCCCGGGAGACGGACCCACCACCCCCGAGUCAGUGCAGCUACAAGACAGCUGGGUGCUCAACAGCAACGUCCCCCUCGAGACCAGGCACUUCUUAUUCAAGACGUCUUCGGGGACCACCCCUCUCUUCAGUAGCUCCUCCCCCGGUUACCCCCUGACGUCGGGGACGGUGUACUCUCCGCCCCCUCGCCUGCUACCCAGAAACACCUUCUCCCGCUCAGCCUUCAAGCUCAAGAAGCCGUCCAAAUACUGCAGCUGGAAGUGUGCGGCGGUGACAGCCAUCGCAGCCGCCACCCUGCUGGCCAUACUACUGUCCUACUUCAUCGCGAUCAACUUGCUGGGUCUGACGUGGCAGCUGAAGCCCUCCGACGGCCCCGUGUUAAACAACGGACUGGGAGCCGGCCUGCCCGUCAACAGCGAUGUGGCCACACUGCCCUCUGGAGGCAGAGGCGCGUGGGCCGGCCGUAACACCAGCAUAGACUCCGGCAGCAUCGAGGUGGGGAGACGGGUGACCCAAGAAGUCCCUCCAGGAGUGUUUUGGAGGUCUCUGCUCUUCUUAAGCCAGCCACAGUUCCUCAAGUUCAACAUCUCCCUCGGCAAGGAUGCCCUGUUCGGCGUGUACAUCCGCAAGGGCCUGCCGCCCUCACACGCCCAGUAUGACUACAUGGAGCGGCUGGACGGGAAGGAGAAGUGGAGCGUGGUGGAGUCCCCGAGGGAGAGGCGGAGCAUCCAGACCGUGGUCCUCAACGAGGCGGUGUUCGUCCAGUACCUGGACGCCGGCGCCUGGCAUUUGGCCUUCUACAACGACGGCCGGGAGAGGGAGACGGUUUCCUUCAGCACCAACGUCAUGGAUUCAGUGCAAGAGUGCCCGCGUAAUUGCCAUGGUAACGGAGAGUGCAAUUCUGGCGUGUGCCACUGCUUCCCGGGUUUCCACGGCAUGGACUGCUCCAAAGCGGCAUGCCCGGUGCUGUGCAGCGGCAACGGCCAGUACGACAAGGGAUCCUGUGUUUGCUACAGCGGCUGGAAAGGACCGGAGUGCGAUGUCCCCGUCACCCAAUGCAUUGACCCUCUGUGCAGCGGACACGGCUCGUGCACCGACGGAAACUGCGUGUGCUCCAUCGGCUACAAGGGGCAGAACUGUGCAGAGGUUGAUUGUCUGGAUCCGACAUGUUCCAACAAUGGGAUUUGUGUGAAUGGGGAGUGCCACUGCAAGCCGGGCUGGGGGGGCCUGCACUGCGAGCUGCCCAGGGCCCAGUGUCCGGACCAGUGCCACGGCCACGGGGCCUUCAUACCCGACACGGGCUUGUGCAGCUGUGACCCCAACUGGAUGGGACCCGACUGCUCCAUGGAGGUGUGCUCGGUGGACUGCGGCACCCAUGGCGUUUGUAUGGGGGGAGCCUGCCGCUGCGAGGAGGGCUGGACCGGCGCAGCCUGCGACCAGCGCGUCUGCAACCCGCUCUGCAUCAAACACGGGACCUGCAAGGACGGGAAGUGUCAGUGCCACCAGGGCUGGAACGGAGAGCACUGCACCAUUGACCAUAGGAGUAUGAUUGACAAAGCAGACGGCUGUCCUAACUUGUGUAACGGGAACGGCCAGUGCACUAUGGGUCAGCAGAGCUGGCACUGUGAAUGUCAGACGGGCUGGAGGGGCCCCGGCUGCAGUGUUGCCAUGGAGACCUCCUGUGCAGACAACAAGGACAACGAAGGAGAUGGACUUACAGACUGUAUGGACCCAGACUGUUGCAUUCAGACUCCCUGUCAGAACAGUCCUCUGUGCCGGGGCUCCCGGGACCCUCUGCUAGUCAUCCAGCUGAGCCCCAUGUCCCAGCCCCGGGUUCGCUCCUUUUACGAUCGUGUCAAAAUGCUCGUGGGACGGGACAGCACCCACAUCAUUCCUGGGGAAAAUCCAUUCAACUCCAGCUUGGCAUCACUAAUCCGGGGUCAAGUGUUGACGACAGAUGGAACCCCUCUGGUGGGGGUGAACGUGUCUUUUGUCAACUAUCCAAACUACGGAUACACGCUGACACGGCAGGAUGGAAUGUUUGACCUGAUAGCUAAUGGUGGUGCAUCACUGACUCUGCGGUUCGAGCGUGCCCCCUUCUUGAGCCAGGAGCGCACAGUGUGGUUGCCCUGGAGCCAGUUUUAUGCUAUGGACACUCUGGUGCUUAAGACAGAAGAGAACACGAUCCCAGGCUGUGACCUGAGCGGCUUCGUCAGGCCUGACCCUCUUGUGAUUGCAUCCCCUCUCUCCUCCUUCUUCAGUUCCAAGCCAGGGGAGAAACCCAUCAUACCGGAGACACAGGUGCUGCAUGAGCAGAUCGAGGUGCCCGGCACAAGUUUAAAGUUGAGCUACCUAAGCUCCAGGACCCAAGGUUACCGCUCUCUUCUCAAGGUCACCAUGACUCCCGCCGUGGUGUCCAUGGGCCUGCUGAAGGUCCACCUGAUGGUGGCGGUGGAAGGACACCUCUUCCAGAAGUGGUUCCACGCCUCCCCCAACUUGGCCUACACCUACAUCUGGGAUAAGACGGAUGCGUACGGCCAGAGAGUCUACGGCCUCUCACAAGCUGUUGUGUCUGUGGGCUAUGAGUACGAGUCGUGUGCCAGUCUGAUCCUGUGGGAGAAGAGAACGGCCAUCCUGCAGGGCUACGAAUUGGAUCCCACCAAUUUGGGUGGCUGGUCGCUCGACAAGCACCACAUCCUGAACACACGCAGUGGCAUUCUGCACAAGGGCAGCGGAGAGAACAUCUUUGUGACAGAGCAGCCCCCGGUGAUCACGAGCAUCAUGGGAAAUGGCCGCAGGCGCAGCAUCUCCUGCCCCAGCUGCAACGGCCUUGCGGAUGGCAACAAGCUGCUGGCGCCGGUUGCCUUGGCGAUGGGCAUUGACGGCAGCCUGUAUGUUGGAGACCUGAACUUUGUACGUCGUGUCUACCCAUCUAUGAACACGACCGGCAUCCUGGAAUUAAGGAAUAAAGAUUUCAGGCACAGCAAUAAUCCGACCCACAAGUACUUCCUGGCGGUGGAUCCGGUAUCUGGGGCGCUGUUCAUCUCGGACACCAACUCCCGCCGCAUCUACCGCGUCCGCUCAUUAACGGGCGGCCGGCUGCUGUCGGACAACGCCGAGGUGGUGGCGGGGACGGGGGAGCAGUGCCUGCCCUUCGACGAGCGCUGCGGUGACGGCGGAAAAGCCACCGAAGCAACACUUAUGAGCCCCAAAGGUAUUGCGGUGGAUAAAAACGGCCUGAUGUAUUUUGUGGAUGCCACCAUGAUCCGCAAGGUGGACCAGAACGGCAUCAUCUCCACUCUGCUGGGGGCCAAUGAUCUGACCUCCGUACGGCCUCUGAGCUGUGACACCAGCAUGGACGUCAGCCAGGUGCGGCUGGAGUGGCCCACGGACUUAGCAGUGAACCCCAUGGACAACUCCCUCUAUGUCCUGGAAAACAAUGUCAUCCUGCGUAUCACUGAGAACCACCAGGUGAGCAUCAUAGCGGGGCGGCCCAUGCACUGCCAGGUGCCGGGGAUUGACUACAGCCUCAGUAAGCUGGCCAUCCACGCGGCCCUGGAGAGCGCCACGGCCGUCGCCCUGUCCCACACCGGGAUACUCUACAUCGCUGAGACCGACGAGAAAAAGAUUAACCGAGUUAGACAGGUGAGCACCAACGGAGAAAUCUCCCUCCUGGCCGGCGCGGCCUCCGACUGCGACUGCAAAAACGACGUCAACUGUAACUGCUUCUACGGCGACGAAGGCUACGCCCCCGACGCCGGCCUGAACUCCCCCACGUCCUUGGCGGUCUCCCCCGACGGGACGCUUUUCAUCGCAGACCUCAACAACAUCCGCAUCAGAGCGGUGCGGGCCAACCGGCCCGGCCCCGCCGUCUCCAGCGUGGGUUACGCAGGAUCUGCCCAGUACGAGGUGGCGUCGCCGCGGGAACAGGAGCUGUACGUGUUCAACGGGGAAGGCCUUCACAUCCAGACGGUCAGCCUGGUCACCGGGGAGCCGCUUUACAACUUCACCUACGGGCCCGACGGCGAGCUGGCCAUGCUGGUGGAUAACUGCAACAACAGCGUGAAGGUGAGGAGGGACGGCCUCGGCCAGGGAGGAUCAGCCGGUCUCCUCCGGCUGGUGCUGCUGCCGGAGAAUCAAGUGGUGACGCUGGGAUUGGACCCCACCGGAGGCCUGCGCAGCGUGGCUGCCAUGGGCCAGGAGGUGGCUCUGAUGGGCUACAGCGGGAACACGGGCCUCCUGGCUACCAAGGCUGAUGAGACUGGAUGGACCACAUUUUAUCAGUACGACAGCGAAGGCCGCUUGACCAACAUGACCUACCCGACGGGCAUGGUGACCAGUCUGCACCGCGAGAUCGAGCGCUCCAUCAACAUCGACAUUGAGAGCUCCAGCAGAGACGACGACGUCACCGUGGUCACCAACCUGUCCUCCGUGGAAGCCUCGUACACCGUGGUGCAAGACCAAGUGAGGAAUAGCUAUCAGCUCUGCAACAACGGGACCCUGAGAGUGAUGUAUGCCAACGGCAUGGGCAUCAGUUUCCACACAGAGCCCCACAUCCUGGCCGGCUCCGUCAGUCCCACAAUCGGUCGGAGGAACAUCACCCUGCCGACAGAUAAUGGCCUCAACUCCAUUGAGUGGCGUCUGCGCAAGGAGCAGACCAAGGGCAAGGUCACUGUGUUUGGGAGGAAACUGAGGGCUCACGGCCGCAAUCUCCUCUCCAUUGAUUUUGAUCGCAACACGCGUACAGAGAAAAUUUAUGAUGAUCACCGCAAGUUUACGCUCCGCAUCAUGUACGAUGUUCAGGGCCGGCCGGCGAUGUGGCUGCCCAGCAGCAGCCUGGCGGUGGUAAAUGUGUCGUAUUCAUCCACCGGACAGCUGAUCGGGCUGCAGAGGGGCAGCAUGAGCGAGAGGACAGAAUUCGACUCCCAGGGGCGCAUCGUGUCUCGCGCUUUUGUGGACGGGAAGGUGUGGAGUUACAGCUACCUCGACAAGUCCAUGGUGCUGCUCCUGCAAAGCCAACGGCAGUACGUGUUUGAGUUCGACGCCUCAGGCCGAGUCACGGCCGUCACGAUGCCCAGCGUCGCUCGCCACACCAUGUUCACACACGUGUCCGUCGGUUAUAUCCGCAACACGUACAACCCUCCGGAGAGCAACGCCUCCAUCAUCCACGACUUCAGCGAGGACGGCCGACCCCAGGCCACGCAGUACCUGGGCACCGGCCGCCGUGUCCUCUACAAGUACGGCAAGCUGGCCAAACUGUCAGAGAUCGUGUACGACAGCACCGCGGUCACGUUCGGGUACGACGAGACAGCUGGCGUUCUCAAGAUGGUCAACCUGCAGAGCGGAGGCUUCUCCUGCACCAUCCGCUACCGCAAAAUGGGCCCCCUCAUCGACAAGCAGAUCUAUCGCUUCAGUGAGGAGGGGAUGGUGAACGCACGGUUCGACUACACCUACCAUGACAACAGCUUCCGCAUCGCCAGCAUGAAGCCCGUCAUCAGUGAGACACCACUUCCUGUCGACCUCUACCGCUAUGAUGAGAUCUCUGGAAAGGUGGAGCACUUUGGGAAGUUUGGGGUGAUUUACUACGACAUUAACCAGAUCAUCACCACUGCCGUGAUGACACUGAGCAAGCACUUUGACACUCACGGUCGCAUCAAGGAGGUCCAGUACGAGAUCUUCCGUUCGCUCAUGUACUGGAUGACGGUGCAGUACGACAGCAUGGGCCGGGUGGUGAAGCGAGAGCUGAAGAUCGGGCCGUACGCCAACACCACUCAGUAUCGUUACGAUUAUGACGGAGAUGGACAGCUCACUGGCGUCAAGGUGAAUGACUGGUCCACUUGGCGCUACAGCUACGACCUGAACGGGAACCUCCACCUCCUGAAUCCCGGGAACAGCGCUCGCAUCCUGCCGCUCCGCUACGACCUCCGAGACCGCAUUACCCGCCUGGGAGACGUUCAGUACCGCCUGGAUGAAGACGGCUUCCUCAGCCAGCGCGGCUCAGACGUCUUUGACUACAAUUCCAAAGGUCAGCUGAUGCGGGCGUACAACCGCGGGCCGGGAGGCUGGAGCGUGGUGUAUCACUACGACGGACUGGGCCGCCGGGUGUCCACGAGGAACAGCCUCGGGCAGCACCUUCAGUUCUUCUACGCCAACCUCAAUCAUCCGACCAGGGUGACGCACAUCUUCAAUCACUCCAGCUCUGACAUCUCAUCGCUCUACUAUGACCUGCAGGGUCACUUGUUUGCAAUGGAAGUGAGUAGUGGAGAAGAAUACUACAUAGCCUCGGACAACACCGGCACUCCGCUGGCCGUCUUCAGCAGCAAUGGACAGAUGAUCAAACAGGUGCAGUACACGGCCUACGGGGAGGUGUACCUGGACUCCAACCCCGAGUUCCAGCUGGUCGUGGGUUUCCACGGAGGCCUGUACGACCCCCUGACGAAGCUGGUCCACUUCACCCAACGGGACUACGACGUCUUGGCCGGACGCUGGACCUCGCCUGACUACAGCAUGUGGCCCAAGAUCGGGAAAGAUCCUGCCCCUUUUAACCUGUACAUGUUCAAGAACAACAACCCACUCAGUGACAUGUUGGACGUCAAAAACUACGUCACAGAAGUGAAGAGCUGGUUGGUGAUGUUUGGCUUCCAGCUCAGUAACAUAAUCCCGGGGUUCCCUCGACACUCGCUGUACUUUGUGGAGCCCCCGUACGAGCUACAGGCCACGCAGCACUGCGAGAACGGACAGCUCAUCACCGGGGUGCAGCAGGCGGCGGAGCGCCACAACCAGGCCUUCAUGGCCCUGGAGGGGCGCCUGCUCAACAAGGAGCGCCGCAGACGCAAAGACAAGCCCGGCCACUGGUUCGGCAUCAACACCCCGAUAAUCGGCCGAGGAGUGAUGCUGGCCCUGAAGGAGGGUCGGGUGGUGGCCGGCGUCUCGGCGCUGGCCAGCGAGGACAGCCGUAAGGUCGCUCUGGUGCUCAACGGGGCCCAGUACCUGGAGGGCACUCAUUACACGCAGGAUGGGAAGGACUGUCACUACUUUGUGAAAGUAGGCUCGGCUGACAGCGACCUGCUGGCCCUGGGGCUCACGAACGGACGCAAGUCGCUCGACAGCGGCAUCAACGUGACGGUCAGCGGCCGGUCGAGGAGAGGCGUGACGGUGGAGUUCGCCGUCCCAUCUCUGGUGCUCAGCAUCCGGUACGGGCUGGCCGUGGACGUGGUGGACGAGGAGAAGGUAAGACUGUUGGAGCUGGCCCGGCAGCGGGCGCUGGCGGGGGCGUGGGCCAAGGAGCAGCAGCGGGUCAGGGACGGGAAGGGAGGCAGUCGCCUCUGGACGGAGGGAGAGAGACAGCAGCUCCUGACCACAGGCAGAGUACAGGGCUACGAUGGCUACUACGUACUUCCUGUGGAGCAGUACCCAGAACUGGCUGACAGCAGCAACAACAUCCAGUUUCUCAGACAGAACGAGAUGGGUAAGAGGUAACAGCCCACCUGAACUCUCUUGAAGGGCCGAGUCCUCCCUCAUCUCUAAAUCCUGUCCCUUUUUUCCUACCCAGCCCCCUCAACCUUACUCCUCUGAAAAACCUACGGAGAAUUAACCAACAAAACGGGGUUACUCACGGAACGCUGCAGGGACUUUUGAAAAGAAUGACUUCACAGAAAAAAACAUUGUUAAUUUUACUGCCACCGGCAAAAAAAAAAAAAGUGGAAAAAAGGAAAAAAAAAAAGGUUUAGUCGAGGCUUUUUUUUUCUUUUUUUGGAAAAAAACUUUGAACAACCGAUAAAGCACUGGAGAACUUUGAGAACUGUUGCUUAGUGAAUAAGAAGAUUCCCCUUUUUAAAAAAGAUAGUGAUAUUUUCACCCAUAUUUUUUGGGUCACACCGAGAAACGGCCACGAAAGCAACGGAUCUAAAACGAGGGAGUUGCACCGUGGUGGCUCCCGCGAUCAAGGCUUGUUUGUCUCUGCUAUGUACUGAAGGCAAAAAGGGACCAAAAAGCGGAGACUAGGCUACUCCGGAGUGCAGCCAUCACCACCACCACGCGUCAAAGGUGGACGUCAUGAACAGCAACAUACAAGGCAACAUCCAAGAGAGUCGUCCCCCUGUCUCAGGCCUCCCAUUGUCCACCAUGGACCAGUCCUUCACAUCCAACCACGCAACACGCGGGAUAACGGCGUCCCCCGAAGCUGUUGACGAAACAAGAGCAUAAACUUUUUAAAAAAGGAAAACAAAAACGAAAAAAAAAAGUCCAAAAAAAGUGAUGGCUAUAUUUGUGAACUGUGGUAUCACAUGACAUUGUUUAUUUUACAAUGGGAAGAAGAAUCAUAUUACUACAUAUGUGUCAGACUACACUAAAGUUCAGGAUGUUGCGUAUACUGUAGAUGCCGUAGCUUUGUACGUUUCAGUCGCGGUAGAAUUGUGAGGCUUUCACCAAGGCACUUCUGUACAGAAUGAUCAUACACACCAGUCACCGAGUCCGUAAAACAUGCUGAGUUCCUAUUUAUUUUACUUUUGUCUUCUCUUUUUUUUUGUAUUUAUUUAUUCUUAGUACUAUAUGACAAUCAUGAAUGAGUCACCAGUUCGAUUCGAAGUGAGCAUUAUCAGAUGAGCUUAUUUUCUUUUGUAAAAUAUGUAAUAAAAGUUCAUUUUGGUUUUGUAUUACUUUCCGUUCGCUGACAGGGCAAAUAAUAGUCACCCUCAAAAAGAAUAAUUUAUGUAAUAAAGUGUUUUAAAAGCAGUUUAUACUUUAAAUAAAGUCUUUAAAACUGUGAAAUCUGUUUUUUCGAAGUAUAUUUCGAUGUACAGUGUAUAGACUUACCUUUAUGCAGCACAGUAGAAUAUUGUUCAGAAUAUCAAGUUUUAUAUUUCUAAGAGGAAGUGGCUUGUAAUGUGCAAAAUCUUUAGCUGGUCUUACUACUCUAGAGUUUUGUGGCACUCUAAUACUCCAUUAUCUACAAUAUCCGUCCCCAGUUUGUUUGUUUCUUCUGUUGUUUUUCCUUUUCUUUUUGUUUUUGUUUUUCUUCUGGGUUAUUUCUGUCCUAGAUCCCAACAGCGGUAGCAGUAAUGGAUCCCUCUCACUGUGAGGAGACUCAUGCUGAAUGUCAUGAUGUACCAAAUCAGUAUUAUUGGAGGAUGAUUCUUAUACAUUCACUUAAACGAGACUCUUCUGAGAACCUUAUCAAUAAAACAUAAUUGUUUACUUCAACUGGGCAAUGUGUAAUUUGAUUUCAUCUCGUUAUUUUUUGCAUUUGAGGAUGAUUACUUUACAUCUGUUGCGUCUCAAAGCAGUGCAGAUGUUGCUGAUGUACAAGAAAGCUCCGUUAAAUAAAGCAGUUUAAUUGUGCUCUGUUCUCACCAGUAGGAUCAUUUUAUUUUCUUUUUUUUUUUGUCUAUGAAGGUUUAUG